CUCGCCUGCCCACGUGCGCGCCCCCGACCGCAGGCGCGCCGCGGCGGGCGGGCGGGAAAGCGCGCGGGAAGCCCCCGGCCGGCUCGCGGAGUGGGGGAGGGGGGCCAGGAGGCGUCUGGAACGUGCCAUUCUCGGAGAGAACGGGGGGGCCCUCGGGCUGCGGUCGCGUUUCUACCCCUCUGAGUCGCCGAUCGAUCCGUUAGCUCCCCCCGUCCCUCGGCCCGCGAUCCGGAGCCCCGCGCCGCGGCCACGCUCGCUCCUCUCAGCCUGGCCCGGCCCUAGAAUCCAGCUCCGGCCUGAGCUGUCCCUUCCGCCGCCGGAGUGGGGCGCUGCGUCGCGCGCUGGGGCCGGAAAUUCCCGCGGCCUGAGUGGAAGAAGCGAAGCGGAGAGCGCGGCGCCGCCUCCCACCUCCCCCGGCCGGGCGGGGGCGUUGGGCCCAGCGAGGGCCGGGCCGCCUGAGUGGCGGCAGGGGGGCCGCGUCCGAGGAGCCGCGGAGCGGGCGGCGGGCGGGGAGCCUCGGCGGCCGGGAACCGGACGACGCGGCCGCUCGUCGCGAGCUGCUCGCGAGCUGGGAGACCCUGCGCCCCCGCUCCCGGGCCCCGCCCCCUCGCGGUCCCCGCCUCCUCGCCUCACACACCCCCGGGCCGCCGGAGCCCAGGCCUUGCCGGCGCUCCUCCUCUUUCUCUUUACACUCUGCCCGCGACCCGGGUCCUCCUGCCGUCCGCCGGCCUUGCUCCCUCCGGGCCGAGUGCUGGUUCUCAGGCGCUGCUUACCGCUCACGCCGGCUCUCGGGGCCGCCCGCUCCUCUCGGCCCUCCUUCUCCCUGCCUCGCCAACGCCGCCGCCGGAGGAGGAUUGAUGUCCCUUCAGCAUCAUGCAGCCGCCGCCGAGGAAGGUGAAAGUUACACAAGAACUGAAAAACAUUCAAGUUGAGCAGAUGACAAAACUUCAAGCCAAACAUCAAGCAGAAUGUGAUUUGCUUGAAGAUAUGAGGACAUUCAGUCAGAAGAAGGCUGCUAUUGAAAGAGAGUAUGCACAGGGUAUCCAGAAGUUGGCUAGUCAGUAUCUGAAGAGAGAUUGGCCCGGAAUAAAAACUGAUGAUCGGAGUGAUUACAGGAGCAUGUAUCCUGUUUGGAAAUCUUUUCUCGAGGGAACAAUGCAGGUAGCCCAGUCUCGGAUCAAUAUAUGUGAAAACUAUAAAAACUUCAUUUCUGAGCCUGCAAGGACAGUGAGAAGCUUAAAAGAACAGCAACUAAAAAGGUGUGUGGACCAGUUGACAAAGAUCCAGACUGAAUUACAAGAGACAGUGAAAGAUUUAGCUAAAGGCAAAAAGAAGUACUUUGAGACCGAACAGAUGGCUCAUGCAGUACGAGAGAAAGCUGACAUCGAGGCAAAAUCUAAACUUAGUCUUUUUCAAUCAAGAAUCAGUUUACAGAAGGCAAGUGUAAAGUUAAAAGCCCGGCGAUCUGAGUGUAAUUCCAAAGCUACCCACGCGAGGAAUGAUUAUCUUCUUACACUGGCAGCAGCAAAUGCACACCAGGAUCGCUACUAUCAGACAGACUUAGUUAACAUUAUGAAGGCUCUUGAUGGAAAUGUGUAUGACCACCUCAAGGAUUAUUUAAUAGCCUUCAGCCGGACCGAGCUAGAGACAUGCCAAGCUGUGCAGAACACAUUCCAGUUUUUAUUAGAAACCUCCAGCAAGGUGGUACGAGACUAUAAUCUUCAGCUGUUUUUACGAGAGAAUGCUGUAUUCCACAAACCCCAGCCCUUCCAGUUCCAGCCUUGUGACAGUGACACUAGUUUAAAAGCUGCCCAACUGGUGGAUAUUGAGCUCUCCCCUGUCAGUGCUCUGAGAAUGACCAUAGCUGAGAGCCGACAGUUGGAAUCGGAAACUGGGACCACCGAGGAGCACAGUCUAAACAAGGAGGCUCGGAAAUGGGCCACCCGUGUGGCACGAGAGCACAAAAAUAUUGUUCACCAGCAACGGGUUCUAGAUGAUCUGGAAUGUCAUGGAGUUGCAGCGUCAGAACAAAGCCGAACAGAGUUGGAACAGAAAAUAGAUGAAGCUAGAGAGAAUAUUCGUAAAGCAGAGAUAAUUAAGUUGAAAGCUGAAGCCCGGCUGGACUUGCUCAAGCAGAUUGGCGUUUCUGUGGACACGUGGCUGAAGAGUGCCAUGAACCAAGUGAUGGAGGAACUGGAAAACGAGCGAUGGGCCCGCCUUCCCGCAGGGACCAGUAAUGGAGCCUUACAUUCACUUAAUACAGAUACUGAAAAAGAAGAAGGAGAAGAGUUUGAAGACAAUAUGGAUGUUUUUGAUGACAGCAGUUCCAGCCCUUCUGGCACCUUAAGAAAUUAUCCACUCACCUGCAAAGUUGUUUAUUCUUACAAGGCUUCUCAACCAGAUGAGUUGACCAUUGAGGAGCAUGAGGUGUUAGAAGUGAUUGAAGAUGGAGAUAUGGAAGACUGGGUAAAGGCUCGAAAUAAAGUUGGCCAAGUGGGUUACGUGCCGGAGAAGUACCUCCAGUUCCCCACCUCCAGCAGUCUGCUGAGCAUGCUGCAGUCCCUGGCCGCCCUGGACAGCCGCUCCCACACGUCCAGCAAUUCCACGGAGGCCGAACUCGUUUCCGGCAGCCUCAACGGAGAUGCCAGUGUCUGUUUCGUGAAAGCACUUUAUGACUACGAGGGCCAGACAGACGAUGAAUUAUCGUUUCCUGAGGGAGCGAUCAUCCGCAUCUUGAACAAAGAAAACCAGGACGAUGAUGGCUUCUGGGAAGGAGAAUUCGGUGGGCGGAUUGGAGUUUUCCCGUCGGUGCUGGUGGAAGAACUCUCAGCCUCAGAAAAUGGUGACGCUCCCUGGAUGAGAGAGAUUCAGAUCUCUCCUUCCCCCAAGCCGCCGGGCUCCCUGCCUCCACUGCCGCUGUAUGACCAGCCUCCCGGCAGCCCCUACCCCAGCCCAGAUAAGAGGAGCUCCCAGUACCUCCCCCGCUCUCCCUCAGCAAAUGAAAACAGCUUCCAUGCCGAAUCGCCAGGAUUUUCGCAGGCAUCCAGGCAGACGCCUGAGACCUCAUAUGGCAAACUGCGACCUAUACGUUGGAAGUUUUCUGGUUCUCCAAGCAAGAACCUGAGUCAGGAGUUUUGCCUGUCAUCCAGAACAAUAGGUCCUUCUCAGGGUGAGAAAGCAUGAACGUUAAGUUGAAAGCACAUGCGCAGAGCGUUUCUGGGAGCCCUGGGGUGCCCGUGUCCUGGGAUGAAUGAUGGGUUGGGGUUUGGCUGCUCCAGGCACUGAAUCGGGAAGCUGACUGACAGUCGUGUGAUGGUUUCCUGCUCAGGUCCGGGCAGCUCCCCCUCCGCCCACGCAGAACCACCGAAGGCCGGCAGAGAGGAUCGAGGACGUGGAAGUCACGCUGGUGUGAUGGCGUGCAGUCCAGGCCAGGCUCGGAGUCGGGCCAGUCUUACUUUUCAGGCACCUUUGCAUGAUGACGACGUGAGCAGAGCAAGGACAAGGAUCAUACGUGACUGGCUGGCCUGGUGGACUCCUCCCACGUUUUGAAUAUGUUGUGCCUUUCUUGGUUGUCAUCUUCUGUGUCAUCUCUCCGACCACAGCACAAAUCUUAGCAGGCCCUAGAGGCAGAGAGGGGGCAGCCCUCGUGCCUAACAGUGGCCUGUUUUUAUAUGAGACUCGAGACCAGGCCUCAUUCAGGGCCCAGUCACAGAGAUACUGACCGUGUACUCUCGUACAGUAUAUUACUGUGGCCACAGGGAUGUGGCAAAGAUUCUCAUCUUUCUUCAAGUGGCUUUUGCUCGUCUGGUUGAGUUUAAUCAGACCGUGUUGGCGGCAUAAGGAAGCAAAAGGAGGGGUUUCAGGAGAGGCUGGCUCCUCCCCCAGUUAGUCCUCAGACUAAGAACGUGAGACCUGCUGCAAAGACGUGGACUGCCCUGCGCUUAGCGCCGUUGCAUUAACGCGCACCUCUCCCACAACUAACCGAUUCAAAACCGUAACAGUGUCCUUUGUCUGGAUGUUUAUGCCGUUCAUCUAGUAUUAGUGGAGCUAACACGGAGGGCUGGCCUGGUGGCCAAAUCUCGUCCAUCACAUAGAUAAAUAGAAAGGAGGCUGCGGCUAAAGUGGAAAUGGAGCUUCCAGAUCUUGAAACGAGCCGAUUUAAUGUUCUGUUUCUAUUUGGGUAUUUUUCAUCUUAAUUUUUGCAGCAUAUACUCUUCUGACCAGUAUCCUUAGAACCUGAAUGUCUAGAUAAACUGGGGACACACACUUGCCUUGUUGAGCUUCUCUGCUCGGGAGGCCCGUAGCAUUAUUUUCUUCCCAAGCCAGUCAGCUGGCCCAGACCAGCGGCCACCCACUGCAUAAAAUGCAGCUUCCCAGGUCCACCAACCUGACCUUUCCCUGAGAGGAAGAACCUGAGGCUCAUGGAGGAAACCAGCUUCCUGUGCCGAAGAACGUGAGCGUCACACACCCUGCACAGGUGCCCACCCACGAGGACAAGCGACCCAGGAGCCGCCUUCCCUGCGGGCGGAUGGGCGGGCAGGCGACCCGGCACCCCGUGCCCAGGCAUCCCGGUGUGAGCCCCUGGUGGCCCUCCCCUCCCAGGGAAGGUGGGAGCGCCCUGCUGAGGGACUAAGGGAUGUUUGCCAGUUGCUUUGUCUUUUUUCUUUCUUUCUUUUUUUUUUUAAAGAAAUCAGAUUUGCAGAAUUUAAUCCAAAAGUUGUCUUAACGCUUUGAAAAUUCCAUCCCUCCUAAGAAUCUUUAAACACUUGAAAUGCUCGCCAAAUGUCCCCAUGGGAUUUUUGACCAAAAGUAAGGUCAUAGCUGAGGAAAUUUUCAGUUACUCAUUUGAUCAGUGACAAUAUUCAUCGAUAAUCUUCUCUGUGAUUUGAGGAUUUUUGUUUCAGUUUUUUGCAUUUCUUAACCUGUUGAUCUAUUUGAGGUCUUUUUGUGUUUAUCAAACUUAUUCUUAAGUUUAAAAAAGAAACUGAAAGAGUGGCUUUUUUUUAAGAUUUUAAAGUUCGUUGACAAGUUAAAAAGCCUUUAGAGCACUUUAAAAAUCUUCAGAGUGCUCAGGUCGGGCCACUCCUGCUACCCAGUCUUGUAUUCUCUCUUUAGCUAGCAAAGUUGUCCUCGAACCUGGGUUUUCCACAUUCUCCGAGGGUUAUUUGAAAUCUUUGGUUAUAUUUUAAAAUAUUUUUUGGAAGAGCUGCUAAUUUUAUUUAAAAGAAAAAUACAAAGUUGUAAAAAUAUGCCUCCUUUUUAAAAAGCACCCCUCCCUCCAGGACAUGUAAUCCAGAGUCACAGGGCUGGGCUCAGAGGGAGCAUCUCUGUGCCGAUGUGCUUUCUUUACAGUGGCUGUAAAAACUUUGUAUUUAUUAUGUAUAAAAUGUUGGAUAAUAAAAAAUGGAAUUAA